AUGUGGUUGGUGGUGAAGACAGAGGAUAUUUUGAUCCUAGCAACAUUCCAUGGAGGAACUAUGGAACUGCAAGGGGUGCGAGAGAUGGUUCCAAUGAAGAGGAUGGAGGAACUUCUGAAGAAGAUCAGGAGAGCUUCGAGUCAGAAGGCUCGAUAUUUGAACUCUGGACUUGAUGAAGUGUCCGAUCAUGAGAUGUGGAUGUGCUGCCAAUUGCUGCUUGCGCCGGCCUGCCUGGCGCUGAGCAAACAGCAACUCCUCUUCAUUGCGGACAUGGCAUGUUUCUCAGAGCUAUGGCAGAAAGGUCCUGAAGUCUACAGCGGUAAACGGUUGAAUCCAAUCUCAGGACCCGGAGACAGCACCUUCGAUGCUGAUCCAGGCAAUCUUCUUGGCAACGACUCCGCCAUCACAGUUGAGUCGGGAUCCAGCCGGUCAUUGGCCUUGGAUGCCGUGGGCAAUCCGGAUUCGACUCAAGAUGCAUUAUGGCCAUCAAUGCCUACGGUAGAAAUGCAUGGCGAGGCCGAAAUCUCUCAUGAGCAAGAAGCAGGCGAGCAAACCAGCUGCUGCAACCGUGCCUGGUGGCUAUUGCAGGGCUGGUUGUUGGCAAUUAUGGUGGGUAUUUGCUCAUCUCUUUCUGGAGCUGGCUUGGAUGUGGGAGUGCAAGGACUCUCAUCGGUGCGCUUCGGUGUGUGCAGCCCUCCGUGGAUUCCCUUCCGACAUUGCCCAGAGGAUUCAUGGAUCUACUGGGGCCAUGGCAUGACAGGGUAUGCAUUCAAUGUUGGCUUCGGUACGCUGUGGGCGUUUAUCUCCGGGAUGCUGGUGUAUGCCUUUGCCCCUGCUGCAGCUGGAUCGGGCAUACCAGAAGUAAAAACAAUAUUGAACGGAUUCGUGAUGGCAGAUGUGGUCUCCUGGCGCACUUUGCUCAUCAAAGUUCCAGGGCUCAUGCUCUCUGUCGCAGCAGGCAUGUCAUUGGGCAAGGAAGGACCUCUUGUGCAUGUCGCUGUGUGCUGGGCUCAACUGCUCUCACGGGCUUUUCCACAGUUUGCCAAUGAAGCCAAACGUCGAGAGCUUUUCUCUGCUGCAGCAGCUGCUGGAGUAAGCACAGCGUUUGGAGCACCUUUGGGUGGCGUACUCUUUAGCUUGGAAGAAGUCAGCUCCUUUUUCCCUUCACGUACACUGAUCAAGUCAUUUACAGCAGCAAUGGCAGCUGCGAUUGUGCUCUCAGUGCUCAACACGACCAACACCAAAGGCCUGACGCUCUUCAGCGUUGAAUACAGCACCGCCUGCCAUCCGAUCGAGUACUUCAUUUUUGCCGUUCUGGGCGUUGUGGGUGGCCUCAUUGGAGCAGUCUUCAACUCCCUCAAUGUCCGCUGGUCGGCCUUUCGCAUGACGCCGGCCUUCCGGAAGCGUGUGCACCCCGUCUUGGAGGUGACUUGUAUUGCCUUGGUGACAUUGCUCUCCUCGUUUCCACUGGCCAUGACUCGGGUUCUAAGCUCUGAUGCAAUUCAUGCACUUUUCGAAGCCUGUGAUGCUGGCUCGGGCCAUCAGCUGCGGGGGCAUUUGAAGCUUUGCACCGCGGAUGAUGCGUAUGCGAAAGCCUCUGCCUCCCUUUUGAUGGAGCUACUGUUGGCCGCCUUGAUCCGUUUGCUUCAGACCAUCUUGACCUUCGGGGUGCCUUGCCCUGCAGGACUGUUUGUUCCCUCACUCUUCACGGGUGCUGCCAUUGGACGCUUUGUUGGUGUCAUCGUGCAGGCUGCUAAUCAUGAACGCCAGAUUUUUCCUCGCACCGUGGAGCCUGGAGUGUAUGCAAUGGUUGGAGCAGCUGCCGUGCUUGGUGGCGUUUGUCGGGUGACGAUCUCCUUGGUGGCUAUCAUGCUGGAGCUUACAGGGGGAAUGACUUACAUCGUGCCCUUCAUGAUCGAUCAUUCGGUGAUGCGGAUGUCUCCAGAUGCCUCUUUGGGCCAGGCUCACAAAGUCUUCAAACAACUUGGAUGCAAACGGAUCUUCCUGGUUGGGUCCAUGCGAGGAAACUCAGAGGACUGGCAACCACACGGAGCUUUGUUGAAGGAACAGGCAACUUGUUGA